AUGAAUAGGAAAAAUAACAAGGGAGGUGCGAAGGGAAGCAAUUCUAAUACAAAGAAAAAAACAACGCAUUCUAGUAAUGAAAAGAAUAAGGUUCCUAAGAAUGGCGAAGUAAAAAACUCAGGAAAGGUGGAUGUGAAGCAAAACGAAGGGAAGGGCAAAAACCAAGUUGAGAACGAAAAGAGGGAGGAGUGUGUAGAAUCUCAGAUGGCGCUAAAGGGAGGAGUAGAAGUAGAAGGAAAAGCUGCUGGGGGAAAAACUGCUGGGGAAAAAACUGCUGGGGAAAAAACUGCAGGGGGAAAAACAGCAGGGGAAAAGACUACAAAUAGCAAGAAGAACAAGAACAAGAAAAAAGUGGACAAAUUGGACCUCAUAUUGAACGAAUUCAAAAACGAAGUAAGCCAAGGGGGAGACCCGAAUAAAAUGAAAGCACAAGAAAAUCAAUCAAGACAAGAAGAGAAAAAGGAAAACAAAAUAGAUUUUGAUGAAUUCGAAAUAGAAAUGAUAAAAAAAAGUAAGGUGCUGAAAGAGCAUUUAGUGGAAGAACAAGAUAAUAGUCAUAUAAGAUUAUUAAAUAAUUGGCCGAAAAUAGAAAAGAGUAUACAAACAAACCCAGCAACAGUGCCAAUUGAAAUGGUUUAUCAAGGAAAUAAUUAUCCACUUGGAGAAAUUUUAGAUUAUAAGGACAUAUUAAGUGGUAAAUCAUUAAAAGAAAAAAAGGAAGAAGAAAAAUUAAGUAUAGAUUAUUAUGAAGAUUUAAGAAAAGCUGCAGAAUGUCAUAGACAAGUCAGAAAAUACAUACAGUCAUAUGUUAAACCAGGAAUAAAAAUGAUUGAUAUAGUAAAAGAGACAGAAAAAAAAACAAAGGAAUUAAUUUUAUCUCAUAAAUUAAAUUGUGGAUGGGGAUUCCCAACAGGUUGCUCAUUAAACCAUUGUGCUGCUCAUUAUACUCCAAAUUAUGGAGAUGAAACAAUUUUAAAAUAUGAUGAUGUAUGCAAGUUAGAUUUUGGGGUACAUGUAAAUGGAUACAUAAUCGAUUGUGCAUUCACAAUUGCUUUUAACGAAAAAUAUGAUAACCUCAUUAAGGCCACACAAGACGGAACAAACACAGGUAUUAGAGAAGCAGGAAUUGAUGCAAGAAUGUGUGAUAUAGGAGAAGCUAUCCAAGAAGCCAUUGAAUCAUAUGAAAUUGAAUUAAAUCAAAGAACUUAUCCGAUUAAAGCUAUUUCUAAUUUGAGAGGUCAUUCAAUUAGCAAGUAUAUUAUACAUGGUGGAAAAUGUGUACCUAUUGUUAGACAAAGAGAAAAAAAUGAAAUAAUGGAAGAAGGGGAAUUAUUUGCUAUUGAAACAUUUGCAUCUACUGGAAAAGGUUAUGUUACUCAUGAUAAUGAAUGUUCUCAUUAUAUGAGAAAUCCAGAUAAACAAUUUGUUCCAAUUAGACUCAGUUCUGCAAAAACUUUAUUAAAAGUAAUUAAUGAACAUUUUGAUACAUUACCAUUUUGCCAUAGAUGGUUAGACGACUUGGGACAAACCAGACAUUUCAUGGCUUUAAAAACUUUAGUAGAUUUAAAUAUUGUAGAGCCAUAUCCUCCCUUAUGUGAUAUCAAAAAUUCUUUUACUUCGCAAAUGGAACACACCAUUUUGUUACGUCCAACAUGUAAGGAAGUUUUAUCUAGAGGACCCGAUUUCUAA